CGGACCAUGAGCUUCUGAAGCUGCAGCUCCUGAUCCUCUCUCUCUGAAUAAAGAUAGAGCUUUACCCAGACUGCACAUUCCUUCCUCUGUCCCAGAUCUAGCACAGUAGCGCCUCGACAUACGAACAAACCCGUUCAUGUACAAAUCGGUUUACGAACAGGAGCGUACGUAAAAUUUUGCUUCAACGUACGUACGAAAUUGAAGGUACGAACACAAAAGCUCUCGGGCCCCGCGUGAUCUCAUUCAGUUCGUCUUUGGCGUGUGCGCUGUGAACAGCCAUCCAACCAUUCUUACGCUAUCCGAACAAUGGGAAAAGUUAAUUCAGUUCGCGAACUUUUCGGAUUAAGUUCAUAAGUCGAGGCGCUACUGUAUUUGAAAAUCUGAAGGCGGAAGUUUCAACAUCAACAGAUGAAGGGCUUAAGCCCGAAACGUUGACUCUCCUACUUCUCGGAUGCAGCCUCACCUGCUGUGCUUUUCCAGCGCCACACUUUUCAAUACUGACUCUCCAGUGUCUGCAGUCCUCACUUUGACGUCAAUGUCUGACAGUCACUCAAUCCAUCGGGACCGCAACGGUUUUCAUCGAUGAUUCUGUGAGAAGGAGCAAAGCUUUUUGGUUCCUGUCUAAGUACGUUUUCAGCAUCAGCGGGACUGGAUGAGAGACCCUACCAUUGCAGUGCACUGAGUGUGGAGCCUAAAAUAACUAUACAGCCUGGAAAGAGGAAUUCACAGCAGGGAGUGGCUCCACACUUCGGCCAUGGAGAAACGCGAGGAAUCCCACCUCUUGGAGAAACCAUGGAAGUGUGGUGACUGCGGGAAAGGCUUCCGUUUUCCAUCUUCCCUGGAGAUUCAUCGGCGUAGUCACACCGGGCAGAGGCCAUUCACCUGCCCAGUCUGUGGGGAGGCCUUCAGAUAUUCCUCCACCCUGCUGACCCACCAGCGGAUCCACACGCGGGAGACGCCCUACAGCUGCCCCGAGUGCGGGAAGGCCUUUACCCAGGUCUCUGGACUGCAAAACCACCAGUGGGUCCACACAGGGGAGAGGUCCUUCAGCUGUCCCGAGUGCAUGAAGGGCUUCAGCAAUUCCUCCUCUCUGCUGAGGCACCAGCGGGUCCACACGGGGGAGAGGCCCUUCAGCUGCCCUAAGUGCGGAAAAGCCUUCAGGGAUUCCUCCUCUCUGCUGAGGCACCAGCGGGCCCACACUGGGGAGAGGCCCUUCAGCUGCCCCGAGUGCAGGAAGGCCUUUAUCCAGGUCUCUGGACUGCUAAACCACCAGUGUGUCCACACAGGGGAGAGGCCGUUCAGGUGCCCAGACUGCAGGAAGGCCUUCAGCAAUUCCUCCUCUCUGCUGAGGCACCAGCGGAUCCACACGGGGGAGAGGCCCUACAGCUGCCCCGAGUGCAGGAAGGCCUUCAGCAAUUCCUCUGCCCUGCUGAGCCACCAGCGGGUCCACACGGGGGAGAGGCCCUUCAGCUGCCCCGAGUGCGGGAAGGCCUUCAGCAAUUCCCCCAACCUGCUGAGGCACCAGCGGGUCCACACAGGGGAGAGGCCCUUCAGCUGCCCCGAGUGCAGGAAGGCCUUCAGCAAUUCCUCCGCCCUGCUGACUCACCGGAGGGUCCACACGGGGGAGAGGCCCUUCAGCUGUCCUGAGUGCGGGAAGGCCUUUACCCGCUCCUCCCACCUGCUGAGGCACCAGCGGGUCCACACGGGGGAGAGGCCCUUCAGCUGCCCCGAGUGCGGGAAGGCCUUCAGCAAUUCCUCCGACAGGCUGACCCACCAGCGGGUCCACACUGGCGAGAGGCCAUUCCCCUGCCCCAAGUGUGGGAAGGCCUUCAUCAGCUCCUCCCACCUCCGGAGGCACCAGCGAGUUCACAUUGACGUUUUCAGCAUCAGGUGGGACUGGACAAGAGACCCCACUGUUGCAGCGCACUGUGUGUGGAGCCUGAAACAGUUAUACGGCCUGGGAAGGGGAUUUCACGGCAGGGAGGAGUUCUACACGUGUUUGUGUGCAGCUGAAGCUGUGGCCAUGGAGAAACCCGAGGAAUCCCGCCCCGUGGAGAAACCGUGGAAGUGUGGUGACUGUGGGAAAGGCUUCCGCGUCCCGUCUGCCCUGGAGACUCAUCGGCGCAGUCACACCGGGGAGAGGCCAUUCCCCUGCACCGACCGCGGGAAGGCCUUCAGACAUUCCUCCCACCUGCUGGCCCACCAGCGGGGCCACACGGGGGAAAGGCCCUUCAGCUGCCCAGAGUGUGGGAAGGCCUUCAGCACUUCCUCCACACUGCUGAGCCACCAGCAUGUCCACACGGGAGAGAGGCCGUUCAGCUGCCCUGAGUGUGGGAAGGCCUUCAGGUAUUCCUCCACCUUGCGGACCCACCGGCGUUUCCACGCGGGGGAAAGGCCCUUCAGCUGCCCUGAGUGUGGGAAGGCCUUCAGGUAUUCCUCCAUCUUGUGGACCCACCGGCGUUUCCACACGGGGGAGAGGCCCUUCAGCUGCCCCGAGUGUGGGAAGGCCUUUACCCGCGUCUCUGCCUUGCGAAGCCACCGGCGUAUCCACACCGGGGAGAGGUCCUUUAGCUGCCCCGAAUGCAGGAAGGCCUUUACCGACAUCUCCUCCCUGUUGAAGCAUCAGCGGAUCCACACGGGGGAGAUGCCCUUUACCUGCUCUCAGUGCGGGAAGGCCUUCAGCACAUCCUCCCACCUGCUGACCCACCUGCAUGUCCACACAGGGGAGAGACAGUACACCUGCCCUCACUGCGGGAAGGGCUUCAGGUAUUCCUCCGGCCUGCUGACCCACCAGCGGGUCCACACAGGGGAGAGACCGUACACCUGCUCUCAGUGCGGGAAGGGCUUCACCUACUCCUCCCACCUGCGGAGACACCAGCGGAUCCACACGGGGGAGAAGCCCAUCAGCUGCCCAGAGUGCGGGAAGGCCUUGACCGACAUCUCCUCCCUGAUGAAGCAUCUGCGGAUCCAUACCGGGGAGAGACCGUACACCUGCCCUCAGUGUGGGAAGGGCUUCAGCACAUCUUCCUCCCUGCUGAGGCACCAGCGGAUCCACACCGGUGAGAGACCGUACACCUGCCCUCACUGCGGGAAGGGCUUCACCUGCUCCUCCAACCUGCGGAGACACCAGCGAGUUCACGUGCCAUUGCAGGGGGAGUGAAGGAGUGAUGGCCGAGUCCCAUUAUCGACCGGACUAUCAACCCGGUUCCGGGGACUCCCAGGUUUGAAUCCCGCCACGACAGAUGGCAGAAUUGGUAUUCGGUCAGAAAUGUGGAGUUCGGAAUCUAAUGAUGAGACCGUUUCAGGGAGGGGGUGGUGUGGAGGAGAAAGCCCCCAUCUGAUUCACUCUCUCCCUUGUUGUUAGGGGAGGGAACCCCCAUUGUGGGAAAGGAUUCACUCGGUCGUUCCAGCUCUAUCCUUUACCCGGUCUGGCCUACACGUGACUCCAGACCCACAGCAGUCUGGUUGACUCUACACUGCCCUCCCCACCGCACUGGCAAAGGUGCGGAGAGAAACUUACUUGGAGACAGGGUAUGGGUUGAAAUUGCUGAGUGAGGCAAUACUUCCUCCGGGUUACGGCUGUACCAAGGAUCCAAUUACAAAGGGACAACU